AUGCUAAGAAGAGGAAUAGCCUUAUCUGUCGCAGCUUUAUUAUUGCUUACCAACACUAGUGCAAUUCAAAUAAGAAGAGUGCUUGGAAAGGGAGAAUUUGCUUAAGUCCGUUAAGAACCAGAGAUUACUGACUCCUCACUCCUAGAAGAAACUGAAUCAGAAACAUCUGAGCCAGUGGCCCCCCUUAUACUAUCAGCUGAUUAAUUAGACAGCUAUAGAUAUGAAUGCUGCUAAUACAUUGAUAGAUGGCUCGGAUAAGGAUAUAUUGAUGAAAGAAUUGCUGAAAAUUAUAGAUAACUCUAAGAGGAAAUUAUAGCUGAUCUUAUUAAUGAAGGAGAUAUAGAGAAGUUCGAAUCAGCAAUUGAGUCUUGCCAAUCUGAUAAUGAAUACUACAAUGAAAGGGAUAGAAGAACUCCAACAGCAACUGAGCCUCCCGCUCCAGAAUCGAGUAAUAAUCCAACUCCAGAUGUGACUGAUCCAGUACCAGAUGUGACUGAUCCAGCACCAGUAAGAGAAAGAGUCACAUUUACUGAUGAGUAAAUAGAAGAAUUGAGAGUUGCUUGCACAUAAUAGGAUGACAGACAACUAGAAGCUGGUGAAGUUUCUCAAGAAAAAUAUGAUGAAGGCAAAGGAGCCCUUCAGAGAAUUAUUGAUGGCAUCAUUGAAGAUGGAGACGCAGAUCUUUACUGGACAAACCUUUCAAGAUGUAGGGAAGAAUGA